UGUGCUCGUUCCCGUGUUUGCUCUAGUGUUCAGGUCAGGCUGUCAGGUAGUUUGAUCCUUUUUUCGGACAACCAUCUAGACGGCACAAAUUUCAAUAUAAGGGGAGUUGAUACUCGUUAAUACUCACUACUACCCACCCCAAAGCCAGAAACCCUCAUUAGGAAACUAAUACUUACUUCAAGAACCUGCUACCAUGACGGCGGUAACCAGGACGUCGCGCGGCGACGACGGCACGAUCUCGGAAACGACGUACAUCAUGCCGGAGCAGACGACGCCGUACGCGCCGCUGCGGUCGGCGAGCGACACGCUGACGGGCACGGGCUCGAACAUGCCGAACUCGUGCUCGCUGUCGGUCUUCUGCCGCAGCGCGUCGUACUACGUGUACAGCAUGGCGACGGCGGCGCACAGCCCGCACCCGCUGUCGGGCCAGCACUGCAACGCCGUCCAGCGCGACCCGGGCUGGGGCCAGCUCAUCGGCUUCCACGACGACUGCUGGCCGCAGAACUACUUCGCGCUUUUUCCGUACGAGUGGGCUGAGAUGAACGGCGCUAGCAAGACGACUAAUGAGGGCGAUGGGUCGACCGUUGCGUUCCCCGGGGGGCACUGCCUCGAGGGCUGGACUACGGCGUGUACGACUACUAUUACGGCGGGAGGGCUGAGACAUGUUGUUAGGGAUGGAGCGGGGAACGAGGUUAGGGCGCAUGAUGGCGAGAAGGAAUACUACCCCCAGGCGUGGUGCUGUCCGCCUGGCGAAUGGGCGUGCGCGACGCAGACGGGCGACGGCGAUAGGCAGGCGCCGCAACGGCUGUGUCGCAGCGUCCUCACCGGCACGGCGACGACGCAGAUCUGGAUGAGCUGGGACCCGGCCUACUACACCUUCACGCCGACCGGGUCGUCGUCGUCCAUCUUCGAGGCGUAUACUUGGACCGCCGACGUGCCCGAGGACCCGGACCCGGAGAACGCGGCGACGGUGUUUCAUAAAGUUUUCCCGCUUGUGCUUAGCACGUCUGGGUCUUGGUCGAGUUCGACGACUAGCUCGAGUUCGAGUUCGACUUCUAGUUCUAGUUCCAGUAGUAGUGGUAGUGGUAGUGGUAGUGGUAGUGGCAGUGAUGAUAUGCAACCCAGGAUAGGCGAGGACUUGCCCACGGUCGAGGGCUCGGAUAUCGGGUGUUUGGUCACGCUUAAUGGAACGGAAACCGUUACCGUGUCCGUAACGCCGUCGGUAGAGCCCCGGAUAAUAGGGAGGGAAGAACCGUUCGCUUUUGGUGAUGCGGCUCUGACGUCCAGGUGCGUGGUUGCUGGUCUGCUGGGCGCCGCUGCAGCCACGGUCACGCUUCUGCUUAUGGGGUUCGGGAUCUUGUAUCGUCAGAAGAAUAGGGAUAGAAGACGUCGUGACGCGGCUACUGCUGCUGAUGGUGUGGAUAAGGGGCUGUUAAAGGAUGAGAAGUUUGAGACGGAGAUGGGAGUGAGGUUUCAGGGGUAGGAACGAGAGCAAGGGAUAAAGCUUGCUUAACAACUUUUGGUAUUUUGACACUGCCUUGGGGCGCUUCUGGAUCUUGGAGAUUUCCUAAUCCUACCUUUUCCGGUUGGUUAACUUUCCUUUUCCUGCUCGGGGGAUAACGACGGGAGUUCCCUAGUAACAUAUUUCUCUCUACGGCUGAUCUUGAGAAAUAAGAGAGCGGCAUAUUCAGGGAAUAUACCUACCAAUUCAGUGUCUAGAGAUUGUCUCCUAGCUCACUUUUAUGGUUUAUAUGAGCAAACCCCUUUCCUAGCAUGAUUACCCAGUUAUCGCUCAAACUUGGGAAAUUCCUCUAGUGUGGA